AUGGCCUCCUCGCUCGAAAGUAAUAAUCCUAAAGUUAGUAAAUCAGUAAUGAAACAUCAUUCAUUCACACGAUACUGGUUCAGGAAAUUCGAUGAUAGUUCACCAGUGUUAAUUCGAUCAGUUGAAAAUGGAACAUUAUAUCAAGUCGGAGUAGGAACAAAUGAUGAUCAAAUUUGGCUUGUGCAUGUGUGGGGUAUGAACGGUUAUGAUUAUGGAUAUGCUUAUGGUACCCUGUUAGCCAAACAGAUUAUUGAAUUCUUGCCAAAAGUAUGGAAACACUUUGAAGAAGAAGUAAUGGAUAAUUUAAAAGAUUUACAUUUGCCUCAAUGGUUAGAAGAUUUAAUUUCCGAUAAAGGCCUAGCAUUUGCAUUGGAUGUGCAAGCUAAAGUCUCUGAAGCAUAUAUGGAUGAAGAACUUUUUAAUGAAAUGAAAGGAGUGGCUGAUGGAGCUAAAGCUGAUUAUGCAGUGAUACGUCGUUUACAUUUUAUUGGAGAGAUAACACGAGGACGUUGUUCAUUAUACGGCCUAUGGGGAAAUGCGACAUUAGGCGGGAAAACAUUACAAUUACGAGCACUUGAUUGGGAUAUUAAUGGGGGACUACAGGAUUAUCCUGUUGUUACAAUUUAUCAUCCAUUGAGUGAAAAACUUGGUCAUGCAUUUGCCAACGUGGCGUGGGCUGGAACUUUAACAGGCAUGUCGUCUACACGACUUGGUAUAUCGGAAAUAGGUGUAUACUUUUCUGAUGAUACUUUUGGUGAUGAAUCGUUUUUUGGCAUUCCAUUUAUAUUUGUUGAACGCUACAUAUUACAGCAUUCAAAUACAUUAGAUGAUGCUUUAUCCUAUAUAGCUGAUGUUCAUCGAACAUGUCAUUUAAUGUUGGCUGUAGGAGACGGGAACUUGGGAACAGCACGUAUGAUCCAAUAUUCGCACUCAAAAGUAAACUUUUUCGACGAUUUGAAUCUAGAACCACUAGCCGAUUGGCAUCCACGUAUUCCCAAUGUCAUCUAUGAAGGUAUGGAUUGGGUGUGCCCAAGUGUGCAGUUUAAACUUUAUCAACAAAUAAUAAAAAAUUAUGGUCAAAUCACACCAGAAGUAUCUAUUAGAGAUAUUACAGCUGUUAUCGAGAGUGGGGAUCUCCAUGUGGCAGUGUAUGAUUUAACGGAUAAUAUAAUGUAUGUGUCAAAUGCUCGUGGAACAAACGAACAGGGACCAUUAAAAGCAUAUGAAAGACAAUUUAUUAAAUUCGAUUUGAAUGUUGAAUUUGCACGCAGUAAAAUUGUUCGAUAA